AUGCUUGCGCUUCCGUCGCCUGUAUCCCGGGACGUGUAUGAGCGUGGUGCACAGCUCCUGUUCGAGACGUUCAAUACGCCCGCUCUUACCAUCAGCGAGGUCCCUCUGCUCGCUGCUUACGCGGUCGGUGUACUGACCGCGCUGGUCGUCGAUAUCGGCGCGGAAGAGAGCAGUGCCGUGGCUGUGCACGACUGCAUUGUCGUUCCUACGGGCAUUGUCGUGACCAAGCUCGGUGUUGUGCACUGCACGUACUGGCUCGCUCAUCUGCUGCGCCAGGACGCGGAGAUCGUUCGUGCGCUCGAGCCGGUUGCGCAUGGCCAAUUGGACGCGGCGGCAUGGGCGCUUGCGCAGCAACUUGUCGCAGAUAAGCUCGUGCUUGUGGACAGAAAAUCGACGCAGCAAGUCGAUGAAGACGACGGCGUGCUGGAUGUGGCGCAGGCGCUCGUCGACGGUCGCGAGCGCAUGGUCGUGGAAGCGCAUGAGCGCGAGAAGGACGCGGCAGCGCAGCAUCCGCAUGGCGAUUCACUCACUGUUACGUUCCGUGGUGCCGAGGUUCCCGUGCCGUACGCGCUGCGCACGCGCUUCCACGAGCCGCUCCUGGCGCCGGCGCUGCUGGAGCGUGUUACGCUCUCGAUCCCGGUGCCCCGCGCCGUGCAGCAGGCCCUGCAGGCGCGCCGGCUGGGUGGAGAGCCUGCAUGCCUGUCUCUGGUUGACACAGUGGCGCGUGCUGUGGCCCAGGUGCAUCCCCAAGAACGCCGCGUCGCUCUAUGGGAGAGCGUCGUGUUUACCGGCGCUGCAGCGCAGGUGCCUGGCCUCCCCGCCGAGCUGCAGCGUGCGCUGUCCGCGCUGACUACAAUGGAGCUGACGGAGGCCGCUCAAGUCGUAGGCGAGCCGAAUCCGGCGCAGCCGCAGGCGGUGCGCACGCAGCGUAUCCCCGACUACUUUAGCGCCUUCAAGGAGCGCCUCGAUCUCGCGCCCUUCCUCGGCGCGACGAUCUACGCCAAGCUGGUGUUUGGGGACCUGUCUGGGCGCAACUAUAUUACGAAGAAGCAGUACAACGAGGGUGGCCCUGCGGUUGCGUUUGCGAUUGGCAGCGUAUAG